UUGAUGGGUAUCUAUUAAAAGUUCGAUUUUUGUUUAUUUAGCUUUGGCUCUAUACACAUUAUAAUCAGGGUUCUCCAGAACCCUAAUAAAUCUGUUACUUGCCUCAAAAUCUAAUUACCCAGGCUACUAAUUAGGUGAAAAUGAUGACUGGAAAUGACUUUAAGUGUGGAAUAAUAGUGGUUAGGCAGUUUUCUCAAGUUUGUCGAUUAGCAAGUUGACAUUUUAGAUGUUAAAUGCACUGAUAUUUUAGGUUACAAGCUGUCGCAAGUGGUGAAAAAGCUAAGAUAAUUAAAAUCAGCCUCGGAAAGGCAACAGUCUGGGGAGGUAGAUUUCUUGAAUUGUUUUUUUGUUUCUCACCCAUGGGCUUUGUUAUCAGCAUUAUUUAUUUAGCCGAAGAGUUCUUUGUCUCUGCAAAUGGCCCCAAUCAAGUUUUGUUUGAGACAAUUAGCUAGUGCCAGCCAAUGAGUCCUAUGCAAAUGCAGGGAUAGGAAUGCGGUGUGUGCAUUUGAAGGCGUGGGGUUUUGUUCUUCGGGGCCGGCUGAUGGUAAUUGCUUUCUUCGGGUACUUUUUUUUUUAAGUUUAGGGUGGGGGUGGGGAAGACAGGUUUAUCAGGUCUCCAUCCCUUCCAGUUUCACAGUAGCUGGGGGGUUGGGUAAGUGGGGAGCAGGUCUGCAAACUCUUUAAAAGCCUCUGCCCUGAGUAGCCCGGGCUGUUUUUUUUUUAAGUUAGUGGCGAAACGUGGAAGGGCUGCUGCCUGCGAAGCAGUAAACCAGCACCUCUUGUUUGUUUGUUUGCUUUGCCCUUAGUUCCACCACGCCAGACCCGCCCACCAAGGACCCUGAAUCUGUCCGGCCCCGGCGACGCAGGACCUUCUGGCUGGGUCCCCCCGCUUUGGGCUGACUUUGCGCCUCCUAACAACCUUAGCAUGAUGUCUUAUCUUAAGCAACCGCCUUACCCAGUCAAUGGACUGAGCCUGACCACGUCGGGCAUGGACUUGCUGCACCCCUCGGUGGGCUACCCGGGGCCCUGGGCUUCUUGUCCCGCAGCCACCCCCCGGAAACAGCGCCGGGAGAGGACGACGUUCACCCGGGCGCAGCUAGACGUGCUGGAAGCGCUGUUUGCUAAGACCCGGUAUCCAGACAUCUUCAUGCGGGAGGAGGUGGCACUGAAAAUCAACUUGCCUGAGUCCAGGGUUCAGGUAUGGUUCAAGAACCGAAGAGCUAAGUGCCGCCAGCAGCAGCAGCAGCAACAGAACGGAGGUCAGAACAAAGUGAGGCCUGCCAAAAAGAAGACAUCUCCGGCUCGGGAAGUGAGUUCAGAGAGUGGAACGAGUGGCCAGUUCACUCCCCCCUCUAGCACCUCAGUCCCAGCCAUUUCCAGCAGCAGUGCUCCUGUGUCUAUCUGGAGCCCAGCCUCCAUCUCCCCACUCUCAGAUCCCUUGUCCACCUCCUCCUCCUGCAUGCAGAGGUCCUAUCCCAUGACCUAUACUCAGGCUUCAGGUUAUAGUCAAGGAUAUGCUGGCUCAACUUCCUACUUCGGGGGCAUGGACUGUGGAUCUUACUUGAGCCCUAUGCAUCACCAGCUUCCUGGACCAGGGGCCACCCUCAGCCCUAUGGGUACCAAUGCAGUUACCAGCCAUCUCAAUCAGUCCCCAGCUUCCCUCUCCACCCAGGGAUAUGGAGCUUCAAGCUUGGGUUUUAACUCCACCACUGAUUGCUUGGAUUAUAAGGACCAAACUGCCUCCUGGAAGCUUAACUUCAAUGCUGACUGCUUGGAUUAUAAAGAUCAGACAUCCUCGUGGAAAUUCCAGGUUUUGUGAAGACCUGUAGAACCUCUUUUUGUGGGUGAUUUUUAACUAUACCAGGCUGGACAUUCCAGUUUUAGCCAGGCAUUGGUUAAAAGAGUUAGAUGGAAUGAUACUCAGACUCAUCUUCUGAUCAAUGUUUCAGGAGGCAUAGAAGGAAAUAUGAAGGUCCUUAGAGGGACCCACCAACCAGCAACCUGAAAUGGACAAACCAAUUUACUUAAGAUCCUGUCAUAGUUUUUAGAUCAUUGGUUUUCCGGAUUCUCAAAGUGAUCAAAAGCAUCCUAGCCAUGUACAACCAAACACCACCAAAAAUAAAAGCAAAACGAAAUUGUGAGGUGAAGGAGGGGAGGACAUAGCCUUCUUAAGCAGAGGUGUUCCAAUGUUUUAGCCAAUCCUUGGUUGAAUCUUAGGAAUGGACAGUGUCUCAAGCUCUCUCACGUUUCAUGACCAACUGUUAGUUGGCACUGAAAACCUUUUCAGGGCUGUGUGAAUUGUGCGACUGAUUGUCCUAGAUGCACUACUUUAUUUAAAAAAUAAUGUUCAUAAGGAGUCAAUAUGUAGUUUUAAGAGACAAUCAGUGUGUGUCUUAUAUAAAUGGUACAUCUGUGGUUUUUAAUCUGUGCUAGACUUCAAAACUGUGAUCUCCUGUUAUUGUAUGCAACCUUGAACUCCACCUCUGCAGGGGUUCUUCUGUGAUUAAAUAGGUUAUAAUUAUAAGCAAAAUUCAGAGCAACUGAGUCCUUACCUAAAAAGAUUACCUUUGGCUGAAUGGGAGCUGUACUGAAACUUGACAACAAAAUGUCUCUGGACAAGGAGAGUGAGAGAAGAGAAACGAAAGGACACCGAUUCAUCUGUGAUUUACUGUUGGUAAACCUGGCAGUAAAGAGACAUUGGUCAAUCGCUCUGACCCUGAUGAAUUUAUGAACUGAGAUCAUUGUUGUUUAUGCUUGCAGAUGUUAACUGGAAAAAAUGAUAUAUGCAUAAACUUUUCUUCCCGGAUUUGGCAGAUAUGUAUAAUUAUAUUAAAAUGGUUCUAGCACAA